UCGUUGAGGGAUGUCUGUAUGGACGGACCGACGUUGCUGUCGGCGAAGAAUCCUGUGGUGCUGCUGCUGGAGCAGCAGAAAGCACAGUGGCAAUUCUGCAAAAAGACGGCAACUCCGGCCCCCUUUUCCAACUCUCUGCUGUCUGCUCUCCCCGCUUACGCAACUGUCCGCCACUCGGCCGACGACGUCUCUCCCCUCUCCCAGCCAGCACCACUACACACCGAAGACGCAGGGGACACUGCACAAGUACAACUGCACGGCACUAUUUUCUUUUUUCUUAAAAAAAAAAAAAACAAAAAAACAAAAAACACUUCCGAGCCCGAAAACGACGGUCGCGCGCGCGGAAGUGCGACCGGAAACUCCACUUCCGCGUAACUCGAUCGAUGCCGAACUGAUGGGCUGCGUCCUCAGCACCGCCGCCGACCGCCGCCGCGGCCCCUCCGCCUCCGCCGCCGCCGGAGCAGCCGCCGAUCGCCGGCUCAGCCCGGGGACGCUCCGGCCGUCGCCGGCCGACGCCGGCGGGUGGCCGGCGUGGCUCGUCGCCGUCGCCGGCGACGCGCUCCGCGGGUGGGCCCCGCGCCGCGCCGACUCCUUCCAGAAGCUCGCCAAGAUUGGGACCGGGACGUACAGUAACGUGUACAAGGCGCGGGAGGUGGGGAGCGGCAGGGUGGUGGCGCUGAAGAAGGUGCGGUGCGAGGCCGCGGAGGCGGAGAGCGUGCGCUUCAUGGCGCGGGAGAUCGCCGCUCUCCGUCGGGUGGGCUCCCACCCGAAUGUGGUGCGCCUCGAGGGGAUCGUGGUGUCGCGCGUCUCGCACUCGCUCUACCUCGUCUUCGAGUACAUGGAGCAUGACCUCGCCGGCCUCGCCGCCACCCCCGCUGUCGCCUUCUCCGAGCCCCAGGUGAAGUGCUACAUGAGGCAGCUGCUCUCGGGGAUGGCACACUGCCACGCCCGCGGAGUCCUGCACCGCGACGUCAAGUGCUCCAACCUCCUCCUCAACAACGAGGGGGUGCUCAAGAUUGCCGACUUCGGCCUCGCCGCCACGUUCGACCCGCGCCGCCCGCGGCCGAUGACCAGCCGGGUGGUCACGCUGUGGUACCGCGCGCCAGAGCUCCUCCUUGGCGCUACGCACUAUGGUGUCGGCGUCGACCUCUGGAGUGCCGGGUGCAUCCUUGCCGAGCUGCUCGCCGGCAAGCCCAUCUUGCCUGGCCGCACCGAGGUUGAGCAGUUGCAUAGAAUCUUCAAGCUAUGCGGGUCCCCGUCAGAGAAGUACUGGAAGAAGUCGAAGCUGCCGCACGCGACCAUCGUCAAGCCGCAGCAGCCCUACAAAUGCUGCAUCGCGGAAACCUUUAAAGAUUUUCCUCAGUCUUCUAUUUCCCUCAUCAAGAAGCUUCUCUCAAUCGACCCCUCAGAGCGCGGUACAGCCGCCGAUGCCCUCAACUGCGAAUUCUUUACGACAAUGCCUUAUGCCUGCGAGCCAUCGAGCUUGCCGCGGUAUCCGCCCAGCAAGGAGAUGGAUGCAAGACUACGGGAAGAGAAGGCGAGAAGGCAAAGAAGGAUGGACGGCAAAGGAAAUGUCGAAGCUGCAAAAAGGUCGCGAAUGCAUAAUCAACGAAGCAGAGCAAUCCCGGCCCCAGAAGCGAAUGCCGAGCUACAAGUUAACUUGAAUAGGCACAGGCUGAUGGCUCGAGUUAGCGCGGCGAGCAAGAGCGAGAAGUUCCCGCCGCCCCACCAGGACGGUGCAGUCGGUUCCGAUGAUCCGUACAAAGCGCGGCUCUCUUUCAUCGCCGUCGAUCGGUCUUUUGCUUCGUCGAUCUUUCAAACGAAGGAAGAGCCUGUCGGCUUGUCGCCAACUUCUUCAGAAAGUGCUUCUAGGAAAAGCCAUGCAGCAAGGAAGAGUGCAGGUAGAGGUUGGCCUCUGUCAGCUGCUAAGCCAUCUUCAAUAGGGAUACUUACGGAGUUUGGAGAAAAUUAGCAAAAUUAGUGGGAGUAAAGGGAAAGAAUCUAAGAUAUACCAAGGGGGGGAAAUGAGAAAUUUCUAGUGUUUGAGAUGCUUUUAUGUUAAUUUCCUGGUGCAAAAUAUGUACAGCUAAACCAGUGUUUUACCUAUAUACAUUAUAAAUCUUGUGAUUAUCAUCUUUGAGAAAGAAAAGAAGAGAGAACAAAAAGGAGAAAAUUUAGUAGAA